AUGGAAUUCUCUUGCGUUGCUGCUGGGUCGUUCCACCAGGGAGAUCCCAGAUUUACCGAGAGCAACAACGCUCAAUGCAUGGCAAAUGCAACCUGUGCCCUCGCAUGGCAAGCAUUCUGCGGCGGAUUCAGUACCAACGCUAUUGACGCUAUACUCAUGGCGGGCGAUAGCUUGUAUACACUAUCUCGCCGUGAGCAUAGCAUCACUAACCGGUAUCUGUUCCCUGAGGACCUCGCCAGGCACUUCGUGGUUGCACACCAUCGUGUUACCAUCGAAGAAAUUUCUUGUGUUUGGGACGGGUUGUAUCCGUUACGAAACGAUGGCCUAGAUGAGGUGACCUCUUCCUUGUCUUCGGUUUUGGAAGCAGCUAUGCCCGGUGACUCCGUUGAUAGCGGUUUUUUGUUUACGGGACAGUUGGUGACAGUCGCUUUUUGGCGUUUCCAAGGGCGGCUGUACCUCUUUGAUUCCCACGCGGUAAACGAAAACCGUCGUCGAGACAUUGAUGAGGCGAGAAAUAAGGCUAGGGUGUUCGUCUGUAAUAGUUUUCGUUCUCUAGCUUCCCUCAUUUUGGUGAAUUCUGCGUUCGUCGGUGGGCAGUACUCCGUCACAAAAAUAAAGUUUUCCGUCAACGAAACUCAAACUGUCCACACGGUCGACUGUUCGGACAAUGACUUAACUCAGUUAUCAGAAUCUGCCUCUGAGACAGUUGUUCAGAAAACCAAAUGUCCUGGUAGACCAAAAACAAUAAAGCGUGGUCGUCCAAAGCUUUUAGACACGACCCGAGAAGAGCAAGUGGAUGCGGCGAAGAAGAAGUAUAGGGAGACGCACGCUGACAAACUCCGGGAUGACAGUCAACGUUACACUCAAACCCACCCUGAGGUGCACCGAAAGGCUGUUCAGCAAUACGACCUGCGUAAUCCCGGUGCUUCUGCUGAGAGAGUUCAGAUUUUUCGCCUGAAAAAUCCGAAAAUAUGUCGUCAUUGCCAAGGACGGCUCUUCGAGGAGGAGAAGAAUAGAAAGCAAUGGUGCUGCGGGGAAGGAGCGUUCAAUGUUCUCGACAUUCCUCCGUUGCAAGAACGCUUUUAUUCCGACCGUCUCUUCCUGGAAAGAGCCCGUGCGUACAACGACCUGUUUGCUUUCUGCGCGCUCGAAGUGUCAGGCGGGUAUCGUCAUCCCAGUGGUCUUUCUUUUUUCAAGAUCGAGGGAAGAAUGUACCACCAGGUCUACAAUCUUGACGCCCCAGGACAAAAGUUCACCACUCGUUCUGGGAACGUUCAGUUUGUGAAUCGGUCCCGCCUGUAUAUUGACGAUGGCGAAGAGCGCCGUAACAUUGCGAUGGGUAGAUCGCUUGAUGCCGAGAUCAUCGACGGUAUUGCUGAUUUCCUGUCUAGGGAAAAUCCUUACAUUGAGCAUUACCGUCGAUUGAGCAACGAGCCUUCCGUAACAGCUCACUUGGCUUUUGAAGUAACAAGCAGGUCUACCCAUGGCCCUGUUCUCGGUGAUCGGCAAACAGGCGUCGAAGUGCACGCCGUGCUCAGCAAUGAUGAAAACGACACUGAGCCCCGGAGACUGACUAUAUGGAAAUCCGGUUCCGAUAGACCUACAUUUAUUGAUCUUUUACACCCCCUAAUGGAACCUUUCCAAUAUCCCCUACUUUACCCGCAAGGCACUGUGGGAUGGCACGUUGGCCGCCUUGAUAACAAGGGUGCCAAACUGACUCAAUUUAAGUACUCGCGGUGCCUCCUACUUUCUGAACCUCGCUUCUCUCACCUAGGCCGUCUCUCACAAGCUUGGCAGGUUGAGAUGUUCGCGAGGUACGAGGAGGAGAAACUGCGUUACAUUAAGUUUACGCAGCUGAAGAACACCGAUAGUGCCUUGCGGGUGGGGCCGGUUGACGAGAUUCGGAAUGCACAGCAGGUCUUGAACGACAUCGCUCGUGAUGAAACCGUCCAAGGCGAGGGUGGGGUGCAGGCAGGAAAAGUCUACCUCCCAAGUUCGUUCACCGGGGGGCCCAGGUACAUGAAAGUAAAAUACGAAGACGCUAUGGCAAUCGUAUCGCGCCUGGGUUCCCCCACUUUCUUUUUGACGUUUACUUACAACGCGACUUGGGAGGAAAACAAGAAAGCUUGCCCUCGUGGAGGUACUCGCAGUGACCCUAGCACUGCUUGCAGAGUUUUUAGGAUCAAACUUCUGGAACUUCUCCGAGACCUGCGCAGCGGAGCAAUGUUUGGACGCUCUGUCUAUAUCGUCUACGUCAUCGAGAUGCAAAUGAGGGGCCUUCCUCACGCCCACAUUGUAUUCAAGAUUGACGGCGACGGACCAGUUCAGGCGUCCGAAAUUGACUCCAUCAUCCGCGCGGAUAUUCCCUCGGAAGAAGAGGCCGGAGGCCGACUGAGAAAGUUGGUCCUCAAACACAUGAUCCACGGUCCAUGUGGUAAUGAUCAUAGGACUGACUUUCUCUGUUGGGACUCUGCAAAGGGUUACUGCACCAAAUACUUCCCCAAGCCCUGCUGUGAAACCACCCACGUCGACGAGAGGGGAUUCGUCCAGUACAAGCGAGAUUAUACCAAUCGGGGGACAAUUGUAUCACGCAAUAAGAACAUUAUCGUACAUGACGGUUGGGUUGUGCCUUAUAAUCCCGCACUGAUGUUGAAAUACGAGGCUCACAUCAAUUUGGAGCUGGCGUCUACUCGCCGCGUGAUUAAGUACCUCUUCAAAUAUCUUAUGAAGGGAGGAUCUCUCCAGAACGUCACAGUUACUCCCUUCAGUAAGCAAGAUGAUGAGGUACAGCAUUACGUGACGAAGAGAAUGGUGGGUGCCAGUGACGCGUGCUGGCGUUUAUUAAACUUUCCAGUAUCAGAAUCUGAGCCGGCUGUUGAAUGUCUUCCCGUCCAUCUGGAGGGCAAGCAGUCCGUCCUGUUUAGACCUGGCCAACUGGCAGAGGCAGCCGCCAGGAACAGCUCCAAACUCACCAUCUACUUUGACCGGCCUCGUAUUUCACUGUUUGACGACCUGACUUAUCAGGGGUUCUAUGAAACGUUUGUGGUUCAUGUCAAGCGCCCAAAAACUGCGGAGAUAUACGAGCACCCCGAUGGCGUCCAUUUUAUCACUGCCCGACAGCGUGGCGAGAAGGUGUGCAGACUGUUUUGGGUCUCACCGAGCAGGACAGAACAGUAUUACCUGCGUAUCCUGCUUAUGACUGUAUCUUGCCGUGGUUAUGCCGACCUCCUGUCCCGCGGUGGACCAAACUGCCGCACUUUUCAAGGGGUCGCGCGGCAUCUUGGCUUGGUGCAAGACGAACAGGAGUACCACUACGCACUGCGCGAGGCCGCCACUUUCAUGACUGGCCCGAGACUUCGUUCUUUCUUUGUGAUCCUCUGCAACAUGGGGGCUCCUGCAGCUCUCCUGUGGGAUGCUUUCCGUGAUUCCAUCUGCGAGGACCACAUAGAGCGUAAUCCUCUCGAUGUUGAACUGGCCUACAAGCUAGGUCUCAUCGAUAUUGAUCGGAGUCUUCGUCGGCAGGGUUCUUGCGUCGCAGAUCAUGGCCUCCCCGAUGUACACGAUGACACGACGGAGUUGGGCAGAGAACUGCUCUUACAUGGUGAAAAUCAACAGAGAGUGUUUGUGGAGGAGUGGGUGCCAAAGCUCUCUGAAGAUCAAAACCGCGUAUUUGAGUACGUUACCUCCGUUCUCAAUGCCCCUGCCAGCGGAACGUCGUCGAAAAUCAUUUUUCUUGACGGCCCGGGAGGCUAUGGGAAGACCACUCUGAUUCGUGUCAUUCUCGCAUACGUGAGAGGUUGUCGUCAGGUUGCACUGGCAGUCGCUAGCUCUGGGAUCGCCGCGGGUAACAUGCCUGGUGGAACUACAGCUCACAGCAUGUUCCGGUUGCCACUCGACUUCGGUGACGGCACCGGCUUUUGGAACAUCACCAACGGCUCCCAGCGAGCAGAGCUCAUCAGGGCCGCAAGGCUCAUUGUCUUUGAUGAGGCCCCGAUGGCACAUCGGUUCGUUUUCGAGGUUCUUGACAGAUCCCUGCGAGACCUCAUGCGUUCCAGUGAGCUAUUCGGUGGUAAAAUAUUCCUCUGUUGUGGCGACUUUCGCCAGAUCGCGCCUGUCGUUGUAAACGCUCGUACUCCAACUGACAUUGUUUGUGUCUCACUUCGGGCUUCCCAUCUGUGGCAGCAUUUCAAAAUUUUUGCCCUGACAACAGCUCAUCGGACUAGUAGUUCCACAGCCUAUUCCGAAUUCCUUCUUAGGGUAGGCAACGGAACUGUCAGUUCGACCACUUUCUUGGAGGGACGGAACGAACAAAGUCUAAUUCCGCUGCUCGGGAUUAGACAAGUGACGUCUUUGACUGAUUUGGUCGAUUCCGUCUUUCCCGCAAACGUCCUACUCGACUCUGAUAUGUGUUCGCGACGCGCAAUCCUCUCGACUCUGAUAGUGAACGUCAAGGAGAUCAACGACCACAUCUUGAACUCCCUCGACGGUCAUCUGUACGAGCUGAGGAGCGCCGACACAGUCGACAGAGAGAACGACGAUGGCCUGGAUGUCGACGUUCAACUCCUGAACACGGCUACUGGCAAGGGCGUACCAGACCAUGUUCUGCGGCUGAAGAUCGGUUCUGUUUGCCUCAUUAUGAGGAACCUCAACAUCGCUGAAGGACUCGUCAACGGCACUAAAGUCAUCGUAAUCGGCAUCACCAACCGCCUGAUUACAGUGAGACUUCCCGGACAGACGCAACCUAUCGGAAUUCCCCGGAUUACCUUUACUUUUGCGUUUGUCGAGGGUUCGCCGUUACGUGUUCGUCGACGUCAGUUCCCACUGAUGUUGGCCUAUUGCAUGACCGGACACAAGAGCCAAGGUCAGACAAUAGAUUCAGUCGGUGUUGAUUUACGGACCGAUUGCUUCACGCACGGGCAACUAUACGUCUUGCUCAGUAGGGUCAGACAUCCAGACCAUAUUGUUGUUCUCGUACACCCCGAACGUGUCCGAGAUGGAAUCGCAUACGCAAAGAACAUCGUGUAUGGCGAUCUCCUUCUCUAA